GGCCGCACUGCUUGACGGCGGCGGUGACCGCCCACCCGCCGGCGUUACCGGGGUAACGACGAGCGCGUGGGGCUAAGGAAGACUCUUUUAAAAACAGCUACCCUUGAGAAAUGGCAGAAGCAGUUUUCCGUGCCCCAAAGCGGAAAAGAAGAGUGUAUGAGAGUUACGAGUCUCCACUGCCCAUCCCUUUUGGUCAGGACUGUGGGCCUAAGCAAGACUUCAAAGUGUUCACAGCAGAGCUGAUAAACAACAAUGUAAUUGUGAGGAACGCAGAAGAUAUGGAGCAGCUCUAUGGGAGAGGUUAUUUUGGAAAAGGUAUCCUGUCUAGAAGCCGUCCAAACUUCACAAUUUCAGAUCCUAAGCUCAUUGCUAAGUGGAAAGAUAUGAAGACAGACAUGCCUAUAAUCACGUCAAAGAAGUAUCAGCAUCGUGUGGAGUGGGCCGCAGAGCUCAUGCGAGGACAAGGGCAGGAGGAGAGUACAGUGCAGAGAACCCUCCAGGAUUACACAAAACCACUCGAGCAUCCUGGUAUAAAAAGGAAAGAAGGUCAAUGGCACGAUGAGAACUCUGAAACGACUUCCAAAAUGGAAGUUACCACAGAUAGAGAGGAACCUUCUGUGAUGAAUGGGGACUCAGGAAAGUCAGUUGACAUGGACGGUCCCAGCAAGCCAUCAGACAGCCUGCAGCAGGGCCCUGGGCCUGACCCGCUCGCUCCCAACGGCGUGGGUGAACCUGUGGUGGAGGUGGCCAAGCCACAGCACCGCCCCCUGCCCGGAGUUUCUUGUGGCAAAGAAGGUGUCCUCCUCCCCCUGUCUGACACUCAGCCUGGAGACGGGAGCCAACCCACAGGUCUCUGUGCCGGUGAGAGGGUGCCUGGUGAUGAGUACGUGCUGGUGGAGGAAGAUGUGUAUGAUGAGAGCGAGAAGGAAUGUGCCCCAAGUGAAGAAUUGGCACCAAAAAGGAGAUUAGUAUGCAGAAGAAAUCCAUAUAGGAUCUUGGAGUAUUUGCAGCUUAGCUUAGAAGAGGCCUUUUUCCUUGUCUAUGCUCUGGGAUGUCUGAGUAUUUACUAUGAGAAGGAGCCUUUAACAAUCCUGAAGCUCUGGAAAGCUUUCACUGCAAUUCAGCCCACAUUCAGGACUACAUACAUGGCAUACCAUUACUUCCGAAGCAAGGGCUGGGUUCCCAAAGUGGGACUUAAGUAUGGGACAGAUUUAUUGUUGUAUCGAAAAGGCCCUCCAUUUUACCACGCGAGUUACUCUGUCAUUAUUGAGUUGGUCGAUGACCAUUUUGAGGGCUCUCUUCGCAGACCUUUCAGUUGGAGGUCACUGGCUGCCUUGAGCAGAGUUUCAGUUAAUGUCUCCAAGGAACUGAUGCUGUGCUAUUUGAUUAAACCCUCUACCAUGACUGACAAAGAGAUGGAGUCCCCAGAAUGUAUGAAACAAAUUAAAGUUCAGGAGGUGAUUCUAAGCCGUUGGGUUUCUUCACGAGAGAGGAGUGACCAAGAUGAACUUUAACAAUUCAACCUCACAAUUCUGCUUUAUCAGGAAAUGCUAUUCAGUCUCCUACAGUAAGCCAAGUUCAGUGUGAGGUAGAGUCCUCUUAUUAUAAUCGCCUGAUUAUUGAAAAGUUUUAAAGGGCAUAGCAGUCCCAGCACCAAGAAGCAGUUAGUAUUUUACAAGAUAAGAUUACACAGGGGAGAAAAAAGAGCCCCGUGCUGGCCUCAGAUUCUGUCUUUGGGUCAGUAACUGACUCCCGCCUGAUACUGAGCAGCUCGUCUGUGGGCCGGGGUCCUCAUCUAUUCAGUAAGCAGGUGCGACUAGAUGAGUCCCAAGAGGACUCUUCCGGCAGCAGGGAAAUUCUGUUACUCUCUGAUUUUACUUGAAAAUGACAGUAGUUUACAUUUAUGUGGCACAGUACAGUUUCCCAAACACUCGUACACAUGCGUCUCUUGUAACUCACCUCCAGGCUGUUCCUGAGAGAGUGCCGGAGAGAUUUGGGGAUUGUAAGGCUCUGUAUUCUGUUAUGUUAAAAGGAACAAAUAAUGUGUAUCUCACCUUAUCUAAGAACCUAAACCAAUUACUCAAACGCUUAAAAAUCCGUUUAAUAUCUGUCAAGGAUUUCCGUGUCAUAAAGCCUUUAAAACCUAAUCUUUAGCUCUCCGCGAACUCACUGAUGGACAUGCUUGUGUAUAGUACACAACAGUAUUGUACAGUAUUAGAGAAAAAUUGCAUCGUGCUUCAGUGAACUUGCUAUAAAAUUUUUAAAAUGUAGUGAAAUAAUGUAUGGAGUUACAUAAUGAAUGCAGUUAGCAUUUGGUAAAACACAAUAAACCAAGCCUUUUUCAAA